AUGCAUGGAAGGACAGCUUCUUCUAAAACUAAGUGGAGGCCACCACCUCAGGGUUGGUUUAAAGUAAAUUGGGAUGGGGCUGUGAACAAAGUAAAGGGUUUUGUUGAGGUGGGAGUGGUAGUAAGGGACUGUCAAGGCAUGGUUGUAGCAACACUGAGGCAAAGGAAAUCUCUAAUCAUAGAACAUUUUCUGGCCGAAUCAUAUGGGGCUCUAAAGGCUGUCCAGUUUGCAAGGGACCUGGGACUAUCAAAGGCGGUGCUGGAAGGUGACUCACUCCAAACUAUACAAGCUUUGCAGAGGGACCAAGAGGUGUGGUGCAGUUCCAACAUGUUUCUCUUUGAAGCUAAGUUAGGACUUGUAAAGUUUGCAAGGUGGGAAGUCUCUCAUGUUAGGAGAGAUGGUAAUGUUGUAACUCACAUUCUUGUAAAGAAUGCUCUUUACAUUUCAGAUUGUAUCAUCAUUAUGGAGGAAUACCCUACGUAUAUUUCUAGUUCAUUGAAAUGA